GACAGACAUCGCACAGACCGCAAAAGCUUACCACAUCCUCUCCCGAUCUCCUUGACUGCAAGUCUUCUUUCCACGCACUAGUACUCGAGACUAACCUACCACAAAGGAACACCAAAAUUAUAUGGCCAACAUCAGCAUCGUGGAAGCCGACCACGAAAGGGUCGAAUUCCCCGCCACAGUCAACGGACUCCCCACCGGAUAUCCAUCAGUCUUAGCACGACGCGGUGUGCCUGAGAUUAUGUGGGAUCAAGACAUGUACAUCAUCCGCCAUAUGGCAGAAAGACUCUCCAAAGACCAAAGUAGGGAGAUAUUCCUUGUGUGUUUUACAUGUGGGCUGUCGAUUUGUUUCUACGGUGCCGCGGUGGAUCGGUUUAAUGAUCGGCUGCAAACCUAUGUUGAUGGGAUGAAUGCGAGGUAUGCACCAUAUGGGGUUGUUUGGGAGAUGAGAUGGGUUCCAUAUUCUGUUAGGUGUAUGUGCAUUGGUAGGGGAUAUAGGAGGAGGGGGAUGGGAGGUUCUGGUUCAGGAGCUGAAAAUAGAUACCUAGCCAGUAUUGGGUUGAAACUUCCUCGUGAAUCAUUCUUUGGGGUUGUCGUUGGUUCCAAGCAACAUGUUAACCCCGUUAACGAUCAAUUUGGUAAACAGAACUUAAUUCUACAGACUGCACAGUUAUCGGCUCCGACUUCCAUUGAGCUGUCAGUUGACCAGGCCAGCCUCUGA